CAAAGUGGAAAUCAGAUUAAAAAAUAAAAAGUAAUGUUCCUGAGAGGAUUUGCCUGUGUGGAUAAGUUUCCUCAGCUACAGAGAAGCCGGUGAAAAGGGGAGACUGUGUGGAAUGAAGGAAAAGAGGAGGAGAUAAAAAGGAGCAGAGAGAGAGAGAGACUGGCUGGGGGUGAAAAAACAACAGGAAACCAACAGAUUCUAAUGCUGUUUCUGCAAAUCCUUCACAGAUAAAGCAGCGGACUGCCACGUCCCAGCCAAGCAACUCUCACACAAUGACUUUUGUCUGAUCAUCACCUCAAGUUAUGACAACCUAAAGGACUUAAAGUUCAAAAUGUGACGUCACUUCUGCUCUCAGCCUCCAACAGUGUGGUUAGUCAGAAUGUGAGCGGAUGCAGCGUUUUGGGAGCUGAUUGCUGAGAUUUCUAUGUGGCUGCUUUUUUUGACCUACAAACUCAACCUCUCUCGGGGUCAUAUGGAUCGAUCGCUGUGCUUCCAACGAUCUGUUUGUUUUAAUCAUCGGGACUACUAACUGGAGCCACAUGAAGAAUAAAGGGACUAAGCAGAAGUCCAAAAAGAAAGGAAGUGAAAAUGUGUUCGGCUGUGACCUGAUAGAACAUCUCCAGAAUUCAGGACAAGAUGUUCCUCAGGUUCUGAAGAAAUGUGCAGAGUUUAUUGAGGAGCAUGGGAUUGUGGAUGGGAUCUACAGACUGUCGGGGGUCACCUCAAAUAUCCAACAUCUCAGGCAGGAAUUCAGCUCCGAGGCGUGCCCUGACCUUACAGAGGAAGUGUACCUCCAGGACAUCCACUGUGUGGGUUCCUUAUGUAAGCUGUUCUUCAGGGAGCUACCCAAUCCUCUGCUCACAUACGAGCUGUACAGCAAAUUCACUUCAACAGUCUUGGUCCAGGGGGAUCAUGAGAGACUUUUACACAUUCAGGGGGUCAUCAAAGAACUUCCGACCCCCCACUUCAGGACUCUGGAGUACCUUACUAAGCACUUGGCCCACCUUGCCACCUUAAGCACCCAGACGAACAUGCAUACACGUAACCUGGCCCUGGUCUGGGCUCCAAAUCUAUUAAGAUCUAAAGACGUUGAGGCGACAUGUAGUAAUGGAGAAAUGGCUUUCCAGGAGGUGCGGAUACAACAGUCAGUGGUUGAGUUUAUUCUGAACCACAGAGAGGAGAUCUUCAGUGAUUCUGUGCAAAUCAAACCCAAAGAAGGACCGAGUUUGAUGUGUGAAGAGAAGUAUGCCACACUCCCGAUCAGCGGACAGUGUGGGCCCAUGAAACUGAUGAGCCUGGAAGAAGCCCAGGCCCGCUCCUUAGGUCCAAACCACCCUGUGCAUCAAGAACGUCGGCGAGAGAACAGUCUGCCUGAUACCAGCACUGCCACGCUCUACCACACCGUCAUAGACAUAUCAGACAGCAAGAGAAAGUUUUCUGGGAAAUCAAAGAAAUGGAAGUCCAUCUUCAACUUGGGGCGGUCUGUGGACUCGAAGGGAAAACUGAGCCGGAACGGCAGCGUGUUCAUAAGAUCACAAGGGCCAGAGAAGGCAGCUCUCCGUCCAUCCAGGAGCAUGGAGUCCUUGUGCUCCUUACCAACAGAUGAUGACAGAACAGGAAACAACAGUCCAGCUGGUGGAUCCGGCAGCAUUUUUGUUCAAGAUGUAAAAUCCAGAACGCUGGGAUCUGACUCGCUCUAUGACCUGAGUGAACAAGACCAAAGCUGGGAGUUUAAAGGGACCAAAGCUGACGGGGCAACAGGUGGCUGGAGCUGUAGCAUGAACCAAAAGGGGUCACCAGGUGCCUCUGCAGCCCUUCAUAAAACACUGCCAGAGCAACUGAAGGUGUACAAAGGCGAUGACCUUAGUAGCUAUAAGCCCACCUCUCCGAAAAACAGGAGGAUGUUGUACUCAGGCUCCUCCCACAACAGCUCCUCUCGACCCUCCUUCCCGGGAAGCUUCUUCCCGCUGGAGUCCUCGCCGAGGCAUCAGCGCAGGGCCGUCAAUAUAUCUGAGCCUUUUGCUGUGUCUGUACCUCUGCGUGUGUCAGCCGUUAUCAGCUCCAACAGCACGCCAUGCCGGGGCCAUGCCAAGGACAAAGCAGCUGCUCUGAAACCCUGCAGAGAGAGCUCGGAACAGAGCAGCAACAGUGGAAAGAGCAACACGUUCCCCCAAAUGGAACCCAAGAAGCAGGAAGGAACAGGGAAGAAAAACACAGAGGAGCCGACCUCCAGAGUCCCGCCAGAGGAUGCAAGCAGAGAAGUGGUGAAACAAGGUCAAGGAGGGAUGAAUGCUUCUGAACUGGAGCCAGCAUCCCUUGCAAAUGCAAGAGAAGGCAAAGAUGCAGCGCCAUCUCCUGGGAAAGAAGUGAACAACCAGCAGACAACUAUGAAACUGGACAAGCGAUCUUCUACUGGGAGAGAGCUGUGGUCUGACCUCCACCAAGAACUGAAGAUAACUGAACCUGAAAUCGACCUGCUGGACGAGACUUUUAACCCUGUUUUCGGCUCCAAGGGCACCUUUGAGGGCAUGAGGUUAACGAUGGAUGUUAAGUCAAAGCGAAGCCGCAGCUCUCCGUCUCUGUCUUUGUUAUUUAGGGAGCAGUCUUCGAAUACCUCUCUGAGUGAUCGUGCAAUCGCCACUGGAUCCGACUCUGCGAAGAAACAGCCCUCAGAGUCGGACAUCUUAUUUUCUCUUCACAAAAACAGCCGCCCUGCUGACAUGGUGGAUGAGAAAAAGAAGAAGCUGCAUCUAAAUAUCACACCCUUAAACACAGAUGACACCAAACAGUGCCAACUUCCUGUAAAGGAAACCUGUUCAGAUAAAGUUUUGAAGACUUUGACAAUGGAGGACACUCCAACGGCUGCCGGCUUCUCAGGAGGAGAUGAUGCCGACAAAAGAUCUGAGAAACCUGAAAUUCCUCAAGGAGACAAAAAUGUCUCCUGCGAUGGAGCAAAGAAGAACGUGAUUCCCAUAUUGGAGGUUAUUCAGAGGCUGUCGGUGUGUUUGGAGGAGAGACGUAACACCUUGGAGCUGUCAAACCUCGACGAAAGAGGUGGAGGAAACUCAGAGGAGGUGGAGUUGAUGGAGCCCUGGGAGGAUUUUAGCUCCACCAAGCAGUGGGUCACCAGUCCUCUCCACUCACCUGACGUAGAGGAAUUGUUUAACCAGCUAUCGCCCUUCGGCUCUCAUGGGGAAACUCAGGUUUCCUCUCCGCCAGUUGCAAAUAACAAACAGUCUCUCAUCAAGAGCGCUGAGCACUCGUCAGGAAACAUUCCUCAGACUACCAGUAGCAAACCAGAAACUAAAUGGACGUGUUUGCCGUCAGGGGUCAGUGUGAACAGCAAUAACACAACACAACCUCACACAGGAAAAUGCAGCACAGCAAAACAGAAGAACACAUCUCAGAGGUUCUACAGACAGAUGUCUUAUGAGGUGGAGAAAAGAGAGGAAAACGGCUUUUCUAAACACAGACCAUAUUCCCUUAAUUUAGACCUCGGGCAUCGGUGCAUUAGAGACAUUUCUAAUCAGCAAAACCGUAAUUCAUCAGAGUUUUCCGCUUGUCAGAGAGGAUUACUGACCUCCUCUGAAUCUGUAAACACCAGGCUGCCCUCAGACUUGGAGAUGUUUCUGAGUGAUCGGCAGGCGCCUCUUCGCCGAAAUUCGGCCCCGGUGAGCGUGUCAUCGGUGAGAACAGCCUUCAUGAUCAAAACAUGCCAGGCCAAAGCUGUGCCCGUCGUCCCUCCCAAGGUGCAGUACAGUCAGAUACCUCCCUCCAGACACGAGAAGGAUCUUGAUGCAGCGAAGGCACAAGAAAAGGAGCAUCCUAGAAUGAGUGCAGAGAAAAGCAAUGCCGCACUUGCUCCGGUGAUGUCAGAUCUAAAGGAGGAGCUGGAGAAUAAAGAGCCUGCACCCAAACACCAAAAACAGCCACAUGUUGCAGAGUCUGCAAAGACCACAUCUACUCCAGAGCUGCCAGUCAUCACGAGGAGACACGCGCCCAGUCUGGAAGUGUUUGUAGACUGUCCCAGACCUAACAGAGGGAACAUCUUACAGAGACCGUCUUUUAGGAACAGGCAGAGACCUCAAAGCCUCAUCCUGCUCAGCCCUCCUUUUCCCAUCAUGGACUAUCCUCCGUCAGGAGACGACAGCAAGCUCCUUUCGUCCAUCAAGAGCCUGAACGACACGUCAGCAGUGAAUGUCUUUUCUAAAGAGAUAGCGGAGAAUUUCAGGACUCCGGAGGGGGUCGCCCUUCAAAACAAAAUGACGAUUCCAAAAAGUGGACAGAGAUUGGAAACGUCAACCAGCUGCUUCUACCAGCCGCAGAGGAGGUCGAUGAUAUUUGACAGCAGGAGCCACAGACAGAUCGAGUGACUGGAGCUGUAGUCACUGACUAUGACACUGUGUAAAUAGAUACAGUAUAACUGAAAGGAGGAAACCAUGAUGUUUGUGAAAGCUUGACUGAGAUCUAAGGAUGCAACCAAUGAUUUUUUAUUUUUUAUUAUUAUUCAUUAUUCAUCUGCAGAUUAUUUUCAUGAUUACAAGAUUGAUUGUUUGGUUUAUUUAAUAUCAGAAAAUAGAAAAAAAGACAAGAAGAAAAUUGAGUUUCUCAGUGCCCAAGCUGAAGUCUUCAAAUGGCCGUUUCAACAACAGUUGAAAACCCAAAGAUAUUCAGUUUAUUAUUAUUAUUAUUAUUAUUAUUAUUAUUAUUAUUAUUAUUAUUAUUAUUAUUAACUUAAGGUCACUUACUGGCUUUUUCAAGAAGUUUCAACCACAUUUUACAGUCUUCCUCAGAAGAUGGAGUUUAUCUAGUUGUCAUGGAGAUAGCUCAUUGUGCAAGCUCCAUCAUCUAAGGAAGACCAUGAGAUGCAGUUGAAAUAUCUGUAAAAAGCUAGUAAGUGGACCUUGAUUUAAGUUUCCAUCCAUCCAUCCAUCCAUCCAUCCAUCGUCUACCGCUUAUCCGGGGUCGGGUCGCGGGGGCAGCAGCUCCAGUAAGGAACCCCAAU